AAUACUACAGUCAGUAGCCACAUUGAAAAACCCUAGCACUAUAUUACUCCUUCCACCUCCUCUUUUCAUAGCCUGCUCGCGCGUCUACUCCUUCAGAUCGCCGAAAAUGCCGUUCAAGAGGUUCGUGGAGAUUGGAAGGGUAGCCUUAAUCAACUACGGAAAGGAAUAUGGCAAGCUGGUCGUUAUCGUCGACGUCAUCGACCAAAACAGGGCUCUUGUUGAUGCUCCAGACAUGGUGAGGAGCCAGAUUAACUUCAAGAGACUUUCACUCACAGAUAUCAAAAUUGACAUCAAAAGAAUCCCAAAGAAGAAGACCUUGGUCGAGGCUAUGGAAGCUGCUGAUGUGAAGACCAAGUGGGAGAACAGUUCAUGGGGAAGGAAGUUGAUAGUGCAGAAGAGGAGGGCUGCACUUAACGAUUUUGACAGGUUCAAGCUUAUGUUGGCAAAGAUUAAGAGGGCCGGAGUUGUGAGACAGGAGCUUGCAAAGCUUAAGAAGACAGCUGCUUAGGAGCUCUCUGAUUAGUGCGAUUGAUAUAUAGGAUUUAUGGAUCUUGUAUUUUGUUUAGCUUUGAGAGAUGUUAUAAAAGAAAUUUCUGUUUAUUGCCAUGCAAUAUUUAAGACGUUUUGAGAUAGUUAUCGUCCGAGAUUUUGCUGAUUUAUCAUGAGAAACCACCACUUAUAUAUUACCUGCUCCUUUAUAUUCUGAA